AUGUUGCGGCAACCGAAAGGAGGAGCGUUAGACCAGAUAUUGUUGGAAGAUAUAGCCAGAUACUGUCCCAGUCAGUUUCUCGCAUUUCACCAAUGCAUGGCUUCACCGCAGCCCGACCCGGAAUCGUGCUUGAAACAGCAGGUGCUGUUGACCAAGUGUAUAAAGACGGCGGUGCCCUCGUUUCAGAAGAUUCAAAGCCAAUGUUCGGGAAAGCUACAGGCGUACGAGGCUUGUCUAAAGAUAAACAGAAGUAAUGAGGCCAAAUGCACCCAUGAGUUGGAGGAUUUACGAUCUUGUUCGUUUGGGUCAAUUACAAAGUGA